ACGCCGUAAUUACAACGAGGAGCAGGUGGUCGUCAAGGCCAGCCCCGAGCAGCAGGUGGUGUACGACGUCCAGCGGAAGUGCAAGGCUGCUGCCAAUGCCGUGCAGCUCGCGGAGAAAGUCGAGGACUAUGCCGAGGUCGGCACGGAGGAGGAGCCCCAGUUCAAGACCACUGCCGUGGUGGUGGCGGAGUCGCUGGUGGCUGACAAGGAAGUGGAGGCGUUCGAGGACAAACAGGGGGUCGUGCAGGUGGGCGUGGACUUCGUGCUGCAGCCCGCCGCAGCGCCGUGCAACGUGGAGCAGGUCGUCAGGCGCGGCCCCGAGCAGGAGGAUGAGCGCGUCGCCCAGCGGGAGGACAAGGUCCUCGGCCAUGCCGAGCAGCUCGCGGAGGAUAUCGUGGUCUGCAGUGCCGAGGUCGUCACGGUGGAAGUGCCCCAGAUUGAGACCACUGCCACGGUGGAGGCGGAGGCGCUGGAGGCCAACACGUUCUCGCUGAAGCCUGCGGCGAAGCAGGUUGGGGAGCGGACGAUGCGCGGCAUCAAGUGCGCCCCAAACUCCAUGGCCACCGACUGGCUGGAGGCGAAUGCCGCGGAGUCCGAGGACUGCAUCAAAAGGGCGAUCGGCGGCGGCGAGGUCCGCGACGUCUGCGACGAGCGCGGCUACGAGGGCGAGCGGCGCAGGCUGGUGGUGAUCAAGUUGGAGGAGGGCAUCCAGCGGCGCCAAGCCGCCAUCAAUGAGCUGUGCCGCGCGCGGCGCCCGCGCAAGCGCAG